AUGGCACCCACCCGUGCCGAUCUCCUGGCUACCGUCGACAGGUUCUUCGAUGCUUACAAAGCCUUCUCACUCGACGCCAUCCUCUCGGUGCGAAGCCCAACAUGUAUUCACCGCACCGGUCCCAAAUCCCACGGCAACAUGAACCUGAACAACGCCCAAUUCAGGGAGUUCAUGGCCCCUAUGCUCGGCAUCUUUCGGAAUUUCAAGCUGUUCGUUGCUGACGAUGAUGAAACGAUGGUUGAUGUCGAGAAACGCAAGGUCUUCUUACACUUGCAAUGCCACGCGGAAACGGACGCCGGACCGUAUGAGAACGACUACCACUGGAUCUUGACGAUGAACGAGACCGGCGACUUGAUCGAUGACAUUGUCGAAUGGGUCGACAGUGCGUAUCUGAAGGACUUUCUUGCGAGGUUGGAGAGUACGAAGCCAGCAGAAGCGAGGUCGUAG